AGUUAACUCAUCUUCCUCCUCCAAAAUAUCCUAUAUAGAUCUCUCUCCCAUCUUCUCUUAAAUGUUACAUCUUUUGUGUUCAAUGUUCUCAAAAUCAAACUCUCACAAUUUUCCACUUAUCCAUAAACUUCCAACACUUUCUCAAUAUCAAACUCUCAAAUUUCUUCUUAAUUCUAAAAUUUUCAUCAAAUUUUAGUUAUUGAGCUAUUAUAAGUCCUAAUAAACAUAACCCAAGUUUUUGUCCUCUUGUUAUUUUCUCAUCACUUUUGGUUCUUCUUUUUUUUGCCACAUCUUCAAAACCCAACAUAAAUAGCAACCCAUUUCCCCCAAAAGUUCAAUUUGGAUCUUACCACACACAACAAAUCUCCAAUCCCUCCAAAGCUUUGAACUUUAUUGAAAAAUCAACCAAAAAUUUCAAAACCCUAAUUUCACAUUUCACAUCAAGCUCUCACCUUUUAGUCACAAAAAGAUGCAAGACCCAACAACAUUUCAACCCAUGAAACCAAAUUUCCCUGAACAAGAACAACUCAAAUGUCCACGUUGUGAAUCAAGCAACACAAAAUUCUGUUACUACAACAACUACAACCUCUCACAGCCACGCCAUUUUUGCAAGAACUGUAAAAGGUAUUGGACCAAAGGUGGUUCUUUGAGGAACAUUCCUGUUGGUGGUGGAACACGAAAAGUCACAAAACGUUCUUCAAAUCCCAAACGUUCAACAACAACUACGUCUUCAUCUUCUCCAUCACCAUCAAUCACUUCUUCAGCUCAAGCUUCUUCAGCUCAAAUUUCUUCAGUUCAAGCCUCUUCUGUUCCAGACUCUGACCCGACCCAGAUUCGUAUUGACCCGGUUGAGCCAAGUUUUGGUGGAGGGAGCUUUAGUUCGCUUCUUGCAUCAACUGAGCGGUUCGGGAACCUUUUUGAGGGUCUGAAUUCAAAUGGGUCGGGUUUAAAAAUGGUGGAAAUGGGUGAAUUUGGGGAGAAUUUGAAUCAUGACCCGGUUAUGAAUUCGGAUUCGGGUCACACUCAUAACCCGAAUGUUAGAAAUGGUGAAUCAGAGAUCUUUCUUGGUUUGCAAAGUGGUGAUACAAGUUGUUGGAAUGGGAACCAUGGUUGGUCUGAUCUUGCAAUAUACACACCUAGUUCAACUUAUCAGUAGAAGUGAUUUGAAAAAAAGUUAAGCUUUUUUUUGGCUUAAUUUAGUUUCUUAAUUAUGCAUCAUUUUGCUUCCAAUAUUUAUACUCAUAUAUACUAUGGUUUUGUAAAGAGUUAUAUUAUUUGUUUAAGUUUAUGGAUUUGUAUGCCAUGGAGAAUCAUGCAUCAAAGGGUCACUAAAUCAGUAACCUCUAGCUAGGUGAAUGUUAUUUUCCUUCUCUUUUUCCUUUUAUAUAUAUAUAUUAUAUAGUGAAUGGUUUUUGUUGUUUACCAUGAUGAAGAUUGGAAGUAAAAAAAUUCAGUUUUGUGUGGAGGGGGUGUAAUGUGAAUGGUACUUUGGUGAUUAGGAUGAUAAUGUAUUUUGGUGUGUUUCAUCUAGCUUUUGAAGGAUCCAUGGUCCAUGGAUAUAUGAAGUUUGCAUGAAAAUUUGUUGAUCAUUGACCUAGUUAGCCUUAUGUGUACCUUGUCAAUUAAGGGUAUGAUAAUUGACAUAUUGUUUGUUUCUUUUUCCAAAUUUUCAUCUUGAUGAUUGUUAAUUUGAUGAAUCUUUCUCUACAAA